UAAAACCAAAACACUCAAAGAAAGAGAAACCAUUUCAUCACUGUUAAUCAUGACUCACGCAUUUCAUAACCGUUUUCUCUCUGAUUCCAUUCUUCAUUUCUCCCUCAAGUUCCAAUUCGAAUUUGUUAAUAACUUUUAGGGUUACACUUUCUUGAAGUUGAACUGCUGUGGUGCUGUUCGUUGUGAUGAAUAUCCUUCCUCAUCCUCCGCCCAGUGCUGCGGAUCCAUCGGCAGUGGUAAUCUUCCUCCCCGAUGAUGUUAUCAUCGAAUUCCUGACGUUUCUUGAAGUGAAAGAUCUGAUACGAAUGAAGUGCGUGUGUAAGUCCUGGAACACCAUCAUCUCUGAUCCAAUCUUUGCCAAAACGCAUCUUAAGAAGAAGAAGCGAACAAAGAAACCACAUCUCGCAUUUCUCUCUGACAAGUCUGAAGGUUCCGGAGAUUGUAGAGCAGUACCCAUUUCUCGUUUGCUGCAAGAGAUGAAGAAGUCUUCGUCGAACCUUACCCACGAUGAUCUUCCUUACUACUACCGAUUCAACUACAAGAACUACAGUGAUAUUGUUGGUUCAUGCAAUGGAUUGGUCUGUUUGCUCGGUUGUUCUUUCACCGACAGUCACUAUGUUGAGAAAUCGCUCUCUUUCUGGAACCCUGCCACAAGGACUAAAUCUGAUACAUUAGUGUCCUUCCGCUCUUAUUUCAAGCGCCCCUAUCGUGAAUUUUGCAAGUUCGCGCUUGGUUAUGAUAAUUCAACUGACACAUUCAAGGGGGUGUUGCUAACUUCUAUAACUGACGGCAACCUUGUAGCUAUUGGGAAAACUGCUGCAAGAGUUUUCACUUUGGGGGGCGAUAAUAAUAAUAAUAAUGCUAAUGCUUGGAGAGUUAUUCAAUAUUUUCCUGUCGUAGUUGUCCCUCAUCGUUUUUGUUACACUCAAUGCGAUACUGUCUAUUUGAAUAAUAGUAUCAAUUGGUUGGUCUGUCACCGCAAGAAGAAGAAGAAGAAGAAGAAGAAUCUUACCAUUGAACAAUAUGUUAUUGUCUCGCUUGAUUUGAAGACAGAGACAUAUACACAGUUCUUGCUCCCUCGAUCUUGUAAUAAAGAGCUACUUACUCGUCCAAUUUUAUCUCCAACAGUGGACUGUCUUUCUGUUUUAAUGGAUUGCAUGUGUUUUUCUUAUGAUUUCAAGAAAAGCCAUUUCAUUAUAUGGAAAAUGGACGAAUUUGGAGUUGAAAACUCUUGGACUCAAUUCCUUAAAAUUAGUUAUAUGAAUCUUCAAAUAAAUUAUCUUCCUCAAUUGAUUCCACUGUGUUUGUCGGAGGAUGGUGAUACAAUCAUAUUUUCAAUCAACCGAGCAAACCAAGCAAUUCUUUACAACUGGAGAGAUAACAGAGUAAAGAGAAUUAAAAGCACCAAUAUGAUUACAUGGAGCUUAGCCAAGGCAUAUGUUGAGAGCUUGAUAUCUACAGACUUGUGGAAAGAUCACGAUAAGCUUAAGCAACUGCAUAUUUCAUCUGAUUCUCCCAGUAAGCAAGACACUGAUCAUGCUCAUACAAAGAGGUCCUCGUGAAUUGUUAAUGCUAGCUUGUGUUGAUCUAGCACUGAAGCAAACUGUGCCCUGCUGUUUGUCCUGUAGAUAUUGUUUUUAUUUUUUAUUUUGAUUGCAUGGAUAAUAUAUCAUAUGGUGUUGAAGACAUAAUUACAUUUCACUUGUUUCUUGGUACAUCCGUAGGUUGUUUCCUUGUUUCCUCAUCCGUAGGUUACUUUUGAAUCUGCAAAAUGUUCUGUUGUGAACAAUGUUUAGCAGAUGAUAAGUAUCUUAGUACAUGAUGAUUUUUUGAAAUUGGCCUGCGAAGUUUAUUGUGUGGCAGAUUCCAUGCAAGACAUGUGUUAUGAAUUACUCAUUCAAAGCUUUUUGAA